AUGGUCGGCGUACCUCGAAGCAGUGGCUGCUCUACCUGUGUGAAGCGCCGAGUCAAAGUGGCGCCACAGUGUGACGAAAGAGCCCCUGGAUGUGUCAAAUGCGAAAAGUACGGCAAGCCAUGUCCAGGAUAUAAUAGAGGCUUUAAAUUCAUUACCGGAAAACCAUACCGGAGUCGGCGAGUUCGUCCUGAUGGCAGUGACAGCAUAGACGGAAAGCGCUCGGUAUCUACCAGUCCAAGCACAGGAAGUGAUAGCCAAUCUUCAAGCCAGGAGGUUCUUCUGCCAGAGAGACCCUCCACCCUUGUAUCUGCGGACUUGAAUGUCUUGCAAAGUUUGGGCUCUCUGAUUGUGGACUUCUCUCAGCCCGUAUCAUCUAACCAGAACCAUUUUGCCCACCACUGGUUUGGCUUCCUUCCGUCUAUCUACGGCCUGAAUCACACACUGGAUGCAACGAUCAAGUCCUUUGUGGCGCACCAUUAUGGGAAAACCUUUCAAGAUGAGCAGAUGGUUGUCUACGCCAGAUCUGCCUAUGGGGAAGCCUUGCAUCGACUUCGCAAGGCUCUGACAAGUCCUUCAGAAUGCUUUUCAACCUACAUAUUUUGUGCGGUUGUGCUAUUAUGCAUAUACGAGCUCUUUACAGAUAAUGAAAACCCCGAGUCUUGGAUGAAGCAUGCUAAGGGGCUCGGCCAACUGAUCAGAGUCAGGGGUCCCGACCGAUAUCGCAACCAGCUCGAUAUCACCUUAUUAAAGGCCUCUCGUGGAUUAGUAGUCAUGCAUUCGAUGUUCUCUGGGGAGCAAUGUUUCCUGGCCUCCGAAGAAUGGCACCAUAUGAUGCAGCAACAAUACACAGCAGAUAUGCCGACCGAUCUCCACAACAGUAUUGAGCAAUUCUUCGCUCUUUUCACUUACGCACCUAGCCUCGUUCACAAAUUCUACAGCUUGAAAGAGGUGGACUUGUCGACUCUAGAGGCACAACAGACUGUAUCAGCUACUCUCACACAAGCCCUUGCCAUACAAAGCAAGUUGGCUAUUUGGCAUGCACAGUACUCUCAAAUCGCCCCACACCCAGUUGAAAUACCCUCCUCUACAGAAGAUGAGGUAUACCCUGCUAUUCUCGUAUACGAGGAGAUGAUUCACGCGACGAUAUAUUGCGCUUACUACGCAUACAUGGCGAUCAUACACGAAACCCUCAAGACGUUUGGCUAUCCCGGCCCUCACGGGUCCAUGGUGAUUUACUUUUGCGAUCAAAUUUGCAAGUCGGUUGAAUACAGCGGCGUUGGCGCUCUUGGCCCAUUUCGACUGGGAUUCCCGUUGCGGGUGGCAUAUGAAGUCAGUGGUCCUCUCACAAGAUCAUGGAUCUUAACGCGGCUAGAAUCAUUCUCAAAGAUAUACGCCGCGGCUCGACCAGAGAACUACGAGAUUAUUGAAUAA